AUGGCGUCACAUGGAGUUCCGCUAAAGACUCUUAAGGACUGUCUCCAGUUCCUUCAGUGGUUAGAAAAUGAUAGUAAUAUGCAGGGCCUUGUCGGCCAUAGACUGGAUAAGCUGCUUGAGAAAAGAUAUGAAAAUGUUAAUGCAUCGCUAAUUGCUAAAGAACUGUCCCAAUUCCUUAAUUCCGCAUCUACGUUUCAUAAGAAGUUAUGCACAAAACCUAGUGGUUCAUACACUGGCAAUAAAAGCGCUAAAAAUGUUACAAACGCACUACUCGACUGCAUUCCCAGAUUUCUCUCAGCGAUUUAUUUCUUGCGGUACAAGGUGGAUGUGAAUUUCAAGGCACUUGGCGGAGGGGAUUGGGCAUAUAAGGAUGUUGGAGUGAUUGCAAUGUACGCUAGAUUUCAUAAAGAUGUAGCCGAACGUAUGAUACGCACUGCUGGUGAUAUCGAUAAAUAUCUCAUUACGAAGUCCGGUGAUGAGUACGGUGGCAUUGUACCUGGUGGGUUUGAGCCAGGUGAGUUAAAAGAAGGUUAUCGUGUCAGCCGUAGCGAGGGCUAUAACCCGGGUUCUGCUAUGCUAGGUGACCUGCAAAAUAUAUUGGAGAAGUACUCCAAUCAGAACAGGCAGAAUUAUUUCCUUGAUGUGUUUUCCACAACUGUGUUGUCAAACUCUGGUGCCGAUACGUCCAACGUCGCAAAUGCCCUUCGACUGGUGCAAGAUUUUUGUAAGAUAUUUGACGAAGUAAAUGAGAGCGAUUUCGAAAAUCAUUUGUACACGAAAGAUAGGUGCUUCGAUUUGCCACAAUUGCAAAAACAUUGCAAAAAUCUUAUAGGACCUCUCAACAAAUUGUUCAACCAGGACGCCUUUUCCUUCACCGGUUAUGCGCGGGAAUACAAGAAGCUUAAAAAGCAGGAUAUUGCUAAGAAAAUGGCGAGUUGGUUUAAAAGAAAUCUGGAAACGGUGAUGAGGCAUAUUAAGGAAAUUGAAGGUUUUACUAGCAAAAAAAACUUCAAAAGUGUAUCCGUUCGGAAGGGUACUGCUCCGUCUACGCAUAUUAAAGCAGAGCUCGAGAAAUACUUCACUGAGAACUUUAUCCGCUACGGAUUUACAUUUUAUCAUCACGAAUAUAAAACGCGCGACCCUCCGUAUAAUGUUUUAAAAACGGAUUGGGAUGGGGUAAUAGGGAUGCUUAAGACACCUGGCAGCGGUUUGGAUGAACUUCUGCAAAUUUUGAAUGGUGAGAAGUGUAAACAAAGGAUGAAAGAUGAAGAAGAUGAAGAGGCUAAGGAAGAGCCAGAGGAUAUGGAAUUGCUAAAUGGUGAGAUGGUUCCUGUCUCCAAAAAGGAGGAGCCUCCGCCUGGCAAGGUCCCCGACGAUCCCAAGGAAGUUGUGCCCGAGAUGAAAUCAGCUCCGGCAGAUGGGCCACCGAAGUCGGCUGCCACUAGAGCUCAGGGUGUUGAUAGUCCGAGUGAGAAAGUGGAGGGAGCACAGAACCAGGGCAAGAAGGCGGAGGGAGCGCAGAACCAGGGCAAGAAAGCGGAGGGAACUCCAAAUCAAGGAAGUAAUCACAGUGUAGCAAAUACUUCUAGUUCACCGGUUUUACAGGCAGUACAAACUCAGCCUCCAAGUGAUUCACGUGCAGGCUAUGAGCCACCUGGUGACCCUGUUCCCAGUAGUGGACAGGUCCGGGAUGGUCAGGCGGUUUCUUCGGGAUCUGUUCCACAAGGUGGUCAAGUAGCUCAGUCAGGUGCAAGGGAUGAUGCCACGACAUCCUCUGCUGCAGCUUCGGCUUCAGGUGGAGGUGGAGCCAGUAGAGGGGGUGGGGGAAAUAAUAGGAUUAAUUUUCCCUUCGAUGUGGACACUGCCAUACAAAAAUUCACGAAGCAAAAUCAGCAGAGACUAAAAGAAGCUGAAUCAUUCCUGGAUAACUUGGAAAAACGCAAAGAGAAUCGUGUAGCGGAACGUUCGAAAGAAGAUGACUAUCUACAGUCGGAACUUAAGAUGUUAGAGCGGAGUUUACCUGUUCUUGGUGGUGUAACCAUUCCAAACCCUGUUACAGUCUUCGAUGGCCUGGAUGGCUUAGUGUCGCAGGAUGACACUCAGUCUCUCCCCGACCCAAUACUACAACAACAGGAGGCAGACGAUGAAUGGAAAUUUGAGCAGCAGAAGGCAUACGAGGUGCAGGAAGACUAUUUUCAGAAGCUAACAGAAGUGAUAAAUCGUUCUCAGCAUGGAGGACUAUUUAAUGGACUUAAAACUACUGUUAUAAAAGAUUCUGCCUCUCAUCCAUUUUAUGACGGUACAUUAACACGCAUUGACGGUAACAAACUGCAACACCCAUCGCACACGAACGAACAAGAGAAGCAAAAAGUCGACGAUGCCAAUCACUUCUGGGUAAAAUUUCAUGAACAACAAAAGCAACGUGAAAGUGAUGAACUGGAUAAGAUUAUGAAUGAGACAGACAAGAUAAAAAAGCAGGUCGAAGCAAAGUAUGCUGCGGAUCAAAUCAUUGGUAGAGAAUUUUUCGAGCAGGACCUGCUUGAAGAUGUACAUGAGGAACUCAUCGACAUACCACCGCAACCCACGGUUGAUGGCUACGCAAUAUCGCGAGAGACUAAUGUAAAAACAUAUAUACCACCUCCGGUGAUAGAUACGGAACCAGCAGAUCUGCUCGUAGAACGACAAAAUAUGUGGCUAUUUCAGGGAGGUACAGAAUCGGGAGAUGACUUGGACAGUAAGCUGGAGAUGGACAUUGAGAAUCAAGCACUUCGUAAAAACGCAUCGUCGCUUUAUGGUUUUGCAGUUCCAAACCCCGUUAAUCACUACAGCUUACUGGAUGGGACGACGUUGCACGAUGAUUCGCAGUCUCUCCCUGACGCUGCACGUCAACAACAGGAAGCAGACGAAGAAUGGAAAGGACGACUGCAGAAAAUUCAUCAGCAGCAGGAAAGCGACGCUAAGACUCUGAGUGAAAGAAUAAAGCAAACUCAGUAUGAUACACUGCUUAAGCAAGUUGAGAAGAAUGUACCGGAGGGCGACGUUAUCAAGUAUUCCCCACCAGACCUUACGAAAAUUGGGACGCCGAUAGGUUACCCUUUAAAGCAUAAGAAAACUGAUUAUCCACAAUUCUACGAUAAUAGAAGCAAAGAGUCGCAGAAGUUUAGGCCUGCUGGACCUCAAGGAAUCGUAUUAUCGCAAAGUGGUCAGAUGAAGGCACGUCUCCCACCGCUUCGAAAGAAAUCACAUGUAUCUCCGAUUUCGAUGCAAUUGGAUGGGAUGCCUCCUUCUAUUUUAGUGGAUUCCAUUGGAUACGACCUAACGCGUUCUCCGGAUCAAAAGGUAAAACAUGAUGUUCCGAUUACAUCACACUACACGCCGCCACCUCCACUAACAGGUAAGCCAACGGACAACAAUGCAAUAGUUUCGGACGGUUCAUUCGUGGAACCUGCCACUUUACCUCCCGCGCUCCCUCCGCCCAUCGAUUUCGUUUUCAAGGCUGCCACCCCUAGAUUGGAAAAAGUACCUGACCCAGACCCAUUAGACCUCCAUAUCGACAUCCCCAAACUCACAUUGCCAGACAAAGACCUCGACUUUGACUUGGAUUUUGACGAUGACUCAACGCAUAUUAAGGAUAACACUCUGCCCAACCCUAUCGUUCCUUCCACUCAUGCAAUCUCAUUCACUCUUCCACCUCCAGACCCGAUACAGUCUCUGCCGCCACCCGAAGACUUCGAUAAAAAGACUAUCAAACAACCGGACAUUACAUUGUGCCUCUCUUCCUGGGCUACUCCAACACCCACGCAUGGAUCUAGCGACAUUCCCGAGACGGAGCUGUUCCCUGCCGAGGCACCGCGCACCGUCCGGGAUAUGCUCACUUGGCUCGCAGGGCUUCGGAACCCAAAGCAUCACGAUACCCUGAAACAAUGUAUUAACAAAGCAUUUAGCGGCCAUCAUAAGGACCCUUCACAGCUUGCAAUAUUCAUUAACCACGCCAAAAUCAGACCCGGAGAUGUCUUCGACAUACUCCAGCUUACCGCCAUGUUUGCAGGUUCCGUGCUCACCUCCAUUGCGCCUAACUGGAAGGCAAACGUGUCAUCAAGAAUCGUGAAGCCUAACUCUUCCACCCAAUCCGAGGUACCUGAUUGCUGCGCCCUCCUCUGCCAGCUGCGUGACUACGUCUACGCCUGCCACCACCAGUUGCAGUUCCUCAAGGCGCAGUGUAAUCGGGAUAAACUAAGUGGUGGUUGGAAAAAUGAUGAGUACGGCAGUGACAUCACUGCUUCCAAUUCCCCCCUCCAGGCGUUCCUGACUGACGGCUGGGACUCCACCUUCGAGACUCACCUCUUCGACCCGUGCAACCUGUGCCACAAGAGCAGAAUCAGGAUGGGAUUUAAGAAGAAUGAUUUGCCAAAGACCUCGCAACUGGGGAGUGUCAUUUCCACCAUCCUCUCUCCCAGCUGCGGCGGUGAGGAGCAUGGCGCUCUAGUAAACACAGUAUUGUGA